GCGGCGGGGGGAGACCUGGGGACAGGGGCGGAGGGAAAAUGUCGGCGCAGCCCGGGCAUGGCCGGGGGGGGGAGAAGAGCCGGGGCCCCCCGAGGGGCGGGGAGGGAAAGGGGGGGCUGAGAUCCCCUCGGAUUUACCGCUGCCACCCCCCCGCUCCCGCCCUGCCCCCUUUCUCUCCCGGCAGCGACGGGCAGCAGCCCGGGUGACCCCCCCGCACCUCCCUGAGACGGGCUCUGCCCCCCCCCCCCCCCGGACCCCGUUUCCUCCCCACUUCGCCCGUGGCCAGUUCAAAUCUCAGCUUUGGGGGGGGGGUGUCCCCCCCACUUUACCUGCAGUGACUUGUCCCGGUUUAGGGGGAAUCGUUCCCCGGAGUGAUUCUGAACCGGGCAGAGCCCCGAGACAGGGACACCGCUGGGCUGGGCUGGGGGGGCCCAGGAAGGGGAGGGAGGAGCAAGUGCCCCCCCAUGGAGACGGCCCAGUCCUCGGUUUCCCAGUCCCCGCUACGUCCCCUCCCCCACCCUGCCCAACCCAGCAGCCCCCCCCCCUCCCCCCCACCUGCUAGUCAUGUUCCCAGACCCCACUGCCAGCCCCUCCCCACAGCCAGUGACCUUCUGACUCCAGCCCCGCUCCUGUCCCCUGUGACAGCCACAUCGCCCAGGGCUCCCUGCCGGCCGGUUUUCCAGUUUCCAAACCUGAUCAGAUCUCGCAGCUGGAAGAAGGGAAAGACCCGUGGGUCCCAGGCCCCCACUGCUCUGAGAAAGAAGUGCUCCUGAGAGCUGCGUGCACAGGCAUUGGGAUGGUGAGUGAGAACGAGGAGAAACCCCAGCAGGAAGAUGCUGAGGAUGUAGAAUCCCAUGGAAUGUUAUCAGGAAGAUCCAAAGGGAAUGAUUCCUGGAAUUGUGCACGCCAAGAAAAAGCAAAAGCCUGUGAGAGUCAGCAAAGGCCAGAGGAAAACUUCAGUAGCCACUUAGAUCUUGUUACACGCAAGAGAAUCAACUUGGAAGAGACAUGCUACACAUGCCAUGAGUGCGGGAAAAGCUUUGAUGGGAGUUCUGCCCUUAUGAAACAUCAGAGAAUCCACACAGGAGAGAGAUCCCACACAUGCGCUGAGUGCGGGAAAACCUUUAGUUGGCCCUCACACCUUAUCACACAUCAGAGAAUCCACACAGGAGAGAAACCCUACACGUGCUCUGAGUGUGGGAAAAGCUUCUCUCAGAGCUCGAACCUUUUCACACAUCAGAGAAUGCACACAGGAGAUACACCCUACAUGUGCUCUCAGUGUGGGAAAAGCUUUAGUUGUCACUCGCACCUUAGCAUACAUCAUAGAAUCCACACAGGAGAGAAACCCUACAUGUGCUCUGCGUGUGGGAAGAGCUUCAAUCAGAGCUCUACCCUUAGCACACAUCAGAGAAUCCACACUGGAGAGAUGCCCUACACAUGCUCUGAGUGUGGGAAAAGCUUCAAUCAGAGCUCAAGGCUUAUCGCACAUCAGAGAAUCCACAGCGGAGAGACACCCUACACAUGCUCUGAGUGCGGGAAAAGCUUCAAUCAGAGCUCAAGGCUUAUCACACAUCAGAGAAUCCACAGUGGAGAGAGACCCUACACAUGCUCUGAGUGUGGGAAAAGCUUCAAUCAGAGCUCAAACCUUGUCUCACAUCAGAGAAUCCACAGUGGAGAGAGGCCCUACACAUGCUUUGAGUGUGGGAAAAGCUUCAAUCAUAGCUCAGGGCUUAUCACACAUCAGAGAAUCCACAGCGGAGAGAGACCCUACACAUGCUUUGAGUGUGGGAAAAGCUUCAAUCAGAGCUCAAACCUUAUCAUACAUCAGAGAAUCCACACAGGAGAUACACCCUACAUGUGCUCUGAGUGUGGGAAAAGUUUUAGUUGUCACUCGUACCUUAGCAUACAUCGUAGAAUCCACACAGGAGAGAAACCCUACACGUGUUCUGAGUGCGGGAAAAGCUUCAGUCAGAGCUCUACCCUUAGCACACAUCAGAGAAUCCACACUGGAGAGAUGCCCUACACAUGCUCUGAGUGCGGGAAAAGCUUCAAUCGAAGCUCUGCCCUGAUCACACAUCAGAGAAUCCACACGGGUGAGAAACCUUAUGGAUGCUCUGAGUGUGGGAAACGCUUUAAUCGGAGCUCACACCUUAUCACACAUAGGACAAUUCACACAGGUGAGAAACCUUAUGAAUGCUCUGAGUGUGGGAAACGCUUUAAUCGGAGCUCACACCUUAUCACACAUAGGACAAUUCACACAGGUGAGAAACCUUAUGGGUGCUCUGAGUGUGGGAAAUGCUUCAAUUGGAGCUCACACCUUAUCAGACAUAGGCAAGUCCACUCAGGAGAGACGCUCUACACAUGCUCUGAAUGUGGGAAAAGCUUCAAUCACAGCUCAAGGCUUAUUAAACAUCAGAAAAACCACAUGGGAGAGAACUGUAAUAAAUGCCUUGACUAAGGCCGGCCAAAUUUUUUUUUUUAAUUCACAUUUGUUAAUUCCCAUAUAGUGAUCUUUCUGCCAUCUUCACCGUGGUCUCUCAGCUCCCCCAGAUGAGUUGCCUGCUUCUGCCUUUUGCAGCUCACCCUUCUUUGGGGUCAGUCCUGUGAUCUUUUCUAUCAACUCCUUUCCUUUUGAGACAUAAGAGUGUGUGUCCGUCCAGCCAGGAAUGUUCAUCAGCUCCAGAUCGGGGAGAGAGAUUUGAUCCCAACAAGCUACACUGAGGCAAAAAACUACCUGUGCCCUACGUCCACUAGUACUGUACAUGGCGUUGGCAGCUCAAGUGAGUGAUCUUGGUGUUAAAAGACAAUUAUAGUGGUAGAGCAGAUACAGCCCAUGUGCAGUGGUUGCAUUAGCUUUCCCCUUGGCCUGACCUAAACUCCAUCGCUUUUCCUCGUCUAAACAAACCCUGAGCAUCACGGUUCUACUGUUUCCCCAUUUCAAAGCAAACAUCAAGUUUCCCCUUCAGGAACAAAUUCUUUCAUUCCCAGUUGCUCUGAUGUUGCUUCAGGUUGUGCUGGAGAGCAGAUAUUUUUACCACCAUUUCCCUCAUUUAAAAUAUAUUGAACUAUAACAAAGAGCAGGAACAGGGCAGGGAUAGGGAAAAAUGUCAUUUCACCCUCUGUAACAACAGAAGAAGAUAGGAUAAGGCAGAGGGAUUCCCUUAUUCACCAUCCCAAUCCCCCUGUUGUUCAAUUGGUUCGGUCAAUAUUUUUUCUAAAGGGCUGGGUAGAGGAUUCCCUUGUAAAUAAGCAAAAUACCCAUGCAUUUGGCUCCCAAAGCAGUUGUGACCCAGGCCCUGGAGGAGGUCGCUGCUGAAGAUAUCUCCUUUCUAAUCAGAUGCAUGAUGCCUAUUUGGGAAAUGCAAUCCCUAACUAGGUAGAGAUGGGGAAAAUGGAAGUGACAUUUCUGUUCAGCUCUCCCCUGGGAAAUGCUGCAAAUGUGUAGAAAAUGAAAUCCAUGUAGAAUGUGAUAGAGCUGCAGAAAGAUACCUAUUUUUAAUAGAUACCUGAUGUUUGGUGUCUUACAGGGAUUCUAAGCCACACCUGAAUUUAGUCCCUAAUUUAAACCUGUGCCACCAGAUUAAAGAAAUAAAAGGGCAUAUUUGGGGGAGUUAUACCUCACUAUCACUACUGAUAUGUUGUGUGGUUGGUGAAGAAUUCUACACCAGAGAAGUGUAAAAUUACUCCAAGUAAGGUCAAUGAUUUGACAAGAACUCCGGUAGAAAUUGCAGGUACGCAUGGUUGAUUUUCACCCCAGAAAUGGAAGCUAUGGUGACCUGUGGCCCAGGUAAACUAGUUUUAGAAUGCUGCUCCCUAGUUAAGUGCCAUUGAUCAUGGUCCUAAAGGAUGCCAUGAUUAAAUUGGCAACAAUUGUCCUUUACCAUUUGGAUCCAAAGGUUCAUGAAGCACAUAGAGAAACAGCUGAUUCCUUCAGAGCCAUUCCAUGCCUAUGGGUCCCAGUCUGGCUGCCUUGUUGGACAAGAAG